GUAGCAGAAGGCAUUUUUUAUUUGUGUCCUUCAAGGCAGCUGUCAAUGAUCCCGUUAGGCUGCGUUUCAUUAUUAUUUUUUUUUAUGGCGAUUUGAUCGCGGGGGAGGCACUAGUAAUGUCUCCAGUUUUCGGUUUGGCCAUUUGUUUAUAGUGUAUUAGUCUAUAAAUAAAUCUCUUUGCCAAAAUUCGUCAUCUCUCCCAUGUCUUAUUCGACAAUUAGUUGUGAAAUGUUUAUUGCUUGCCUACAUUUUACUCCCUCUAUGUUUAAUGUAACACACAUACGUUAAUUAUUAAUUUAGGUUGCCUAUCCUGGCGUGAAGUUUGUUCUAUAUAAAGUAUUUGACUGAUGUGUGCCACAAAAAUUAUUUGAUUAUAGUGACAAAAUUAAGGAAAUUAUAAGGGCGUGGGGAGGAUUUCGGCAAGGCCAUUUUCUUGCCUUCUAUCUUGGGACUGUAAGGCCUGGCACACUUCAGAAUCAUUUUGGUAGCUCAUGUUGAUCAGUAGUGUGUGCCACAGAAAGUAUUUGACUCUAGCCACAAAAUUAAGGAAAUUAGAAGGGUGGGUUGGCAGGCAAGAAAAUGGCUUUGCCGAAAUCCCCUUUGUCAGCUAGGGGGAUUCAAUCUUGCAACCUUACGGUUAACUAGUCCAACGCUCUAACCACCUGCCUCACGAGGAGUCCGGCUGUUACGCGAAUGCAGUAAGAAGCCAAGCUGAGCCUGAAGAUGACCCCCAAGCCCUUUAGCCCAGAAGAGAUCCAGAGGAUCCUGGGAUCUCUCCAGAGGCCUGCCGUCUUCCUCAACAUUACCUGUGAUUGGCCAGUGCUCCUCUGGACUGUAGACCACCUGUCACGAUGCCUUGGAGGGAAGGCUGUCCGGUUCAGAAUGGGAAGGAGACAGCAUGAAAAGACACCUCUUUUUGAGACUCAAUGCUCAUAUGUGGAGGCCAAACUGGAGGAGUUUCAGUCCUGGACAGAGGGUCAGACUGGUGCAGAAGAUGUGGGGUGUUUCUCGAACUACCCCCUCUCUCUGUACUGGGCCUAUGCAGACUACAAAUACAUUGCACUGCUGCUUCAAGAAAAGCCCUCCAUGUUUGAGGACGUAGUGUGGUCUCAGUUUGGGUUCCCGGGUCGUAAUGGGAGAGACAGCACACUGUGGAUUGGUACCGAAGGUGCCAAUACCCCGUGCCACCUGGACUCCUAUGGGUAUAACCUGGUACUACAGGUACAAGGAAGGAAGCGUUGGCACCUGUUCCCCCCUGCAGACACGAGUUGUCUGUACCCCAGCAGGAUCCCCUAUGAGGAGUCUAGUGUGUUCAGCCAGGUGGACGUGCUCCAACCAGACCUCCAGAGGUUCCCUGCUUUCAGACACGCCAGGGCCUACACAGUCACCCUGCAGCCUGGACAGGUGCUGUUUGUCCCCAGACACUGGUGGCACUAUGUGGAGUCUGUUGACCCCAUCACCGUCAGUGUCAACUCCUGGAUUGAGUUGGAAGUUGACGAUGAGGCGAGAGUAGGCGAGGCCCUCACCAAAGCCAUCGUCUGUGCUCUGAAGACGACACCUAGUAACGACAAUGAUGAUGACUGGCUCAAUCCCACUGAGGAGGGGUUGGUGGGACAUGACGAGAACAUGCAGUACCUGAACCUGGCUGUGGGGGCCUGCAUGGAGAAGAGAGGGAUAACAAGUCACCGUGACCAACAGACCCAGGACACCCCAGCAUGUCCAAGGGCAAAACGUGACUCCAGGGGCCAAGCUAAGAACACCAACUCUUCAUCACCACCAGCAGAGUGCCUUUCCUCCUCUUCCACACCAUCCACCAUGCCCUUUGGCCCUCACCUCAUCCCUGUGGCCUGGAACCAGAUCACCAACCAGGAAACUCCAGAGCAGAACCCCAAAAACCAAGACAGACCGUCACCAUCCAGAGACUGUGACAUCAGGUCUAGCAGCAUAACCCAAAACACCCCUCCCAGACCUGUCAGUGGAAGUAGAGCCCAGCACCAGCAUGGAGGGGAAGGCAUGUCCAGCUCCGGUUCAGCCUCAGACCCCCUAGUGUUACCACGGCCAGGGUGCAGAGAUGGAGGAAGGCCACCACCUGGGGACAGAGACCAGGGCAAGGGUGACAGAGCACACUGCUCCGUCUCCAUCACCACCAACGACCUACUGCAGUGCCUGGUUCACCCUGAGGUCAUUGCUAGAGUCUCUGAGCUACUGAUGGAGAGAGUCCAGUCAGGGACAGCCACAACACCAUAGCUUCAUAAUCUACAUUCCAACGUUCAUACUAGUAUGCUACUGAAAUUGAAUCCCAAAAUCCAUUGCUUCAUUCUAAGUGCUAAGCUAGUAUGGAUAUUGAAACAGAGCCUAACAAGUAGAUUGUACGUAACUUCCCUCAAUUGUUAAAAAUGUGGAAUGGAGUCAUCAUCAGUAAGUCUAUAGAGUUUAACUGGGUUCAGUUGACUUUAACAGCUGAGGUAGUGAAGGUGGAAUAUAUCAUGGUAUUAAUACCUCUGACACUGGCUCUUAUUUCCCCUAAUGCUGCUGGGAGUCUCUGGCUACGUCCCAAAUGGCACCUUGUUUCCUAUAUAGUGCACUACUAUUGACCAGAACGGCUUGAAGAUUAGGCGAGAGUAGAACGGUCCUGGUCAAAAGUAGUGCACUAUAUAGGGAAUAGGGGGCCAUUUGGGACGCAAGCCUCUGUGGAGUUAACAGUGCUCUGCCAUGCUCGGCAGUGCCCACAUGGGAAAUCCUGCCUGGCUGAUAGUUAUUCCAAAGUGUCAGAGAAGGGAGAACGGAAAGACGUUUCACACUUUUCUAUAUUUUCUUACCCUUCUGCUCCUUCUUUUUCUACCCCAUCUACACUGAGUAUACAACACAUUAUGAACACCUGCUCUUUCCAUGACAUAGACUGACCAGGCGAAUCCAUGUGAAAGCUAUGAUCCCUUAUUGAUGUCACCUGUUCAAGCCACUUGACACAAACCUGUUCUUGACACUGGUUUGUAUCAAGAACUGCAAUGCUGCUGAGUUAACGCUGAACGGUUUCCCGUUUGCAUCAAGAAUGGUCCAACCACCCAAAGGACAUCCAGCCAACUUGACACAACUGUGGGAAGCAUUGGAGUCAACAUGAGCCAGCAUCCCUGUGGAAUGUUUUGGACACCUUGUAGAGUCCAUGCCCUGACGAAUUGAGUCUGUGCUAAGGGCAAAAGAGGUUGCAACUCAAUAUUACGAUGGUGUUCCUAAUGUUUUAUACACUCAGUGUAUAUGGUUUACUGUAGUAUGUUAUAGUCUUGGCGACUCCAUGAGGUCAAAUCCAAGUCAAGAGCAUUUCUUCCAUUCUUACCAUGUUUGUAGUCUUGUGAUAUUAGACAUGUAUUUUCUACCUAUGCCGAGCAAAUAGCGCUCCAAAAUAGCACUUAAAAUUAAACCUUGUAUAAUCCUUGUAAUAAUAACAGUGAUAGCUAGUAUUUCUCAGAUGUCGGCUACAUUUUCUGCCUUCUAUUCCCCAGCUGGUAGGUUAUGUUUGCGUCCCAAAUGGCACCUUAUUCUAUAUUUAGUGCACUCCUUUUUAGUGUUUUUUGGUAUUUUAUUGGGAUCCCCUUUGAGCUGCUGCCAACCUGGAGCUUCCAGGGGCUACUCUUCCUCUUUAGACCAGUGCUCUGCCUUCCAUUCCCCAGCUGGUACAUUCUGUUUGCGUCCAAGGGCUCCGGUCUGAAGUGGAAGGACUAUAUAGGGAAUAGGGUGUCAGUUGGGGUGAAGAUGUUAGAAAGGCAGCCUGUUAUGGUAUUGUGAUUAAUGAAUGCUGUCUAAGGAGUGAUGAUAUGUCCCAGUUACCAGGAAGUGAUGUGUUAUUUUUCUGUCUCUCUAUAGUCCUGGGUCUGUGACAAGGGAAGGAAACCAAAGCUCUGAAUGAAUAAAGACUAGAAACAUGUAGCGCCACCAACAAUGAGGUAGUCCUGCAAAACCGUAAGAGUAGCAAGAUUUUAGAAACAAAAUGAUAUCACAUUCAGAGAAAUUUACACAUUUUUAUUUACGUACUACAAGAGUAAAAUUCGAGUAAAAUGGUUCCCAGGAGUGGAACGUUUUAUGAAGGUCAAUCUAUCAAAUGAUUAGGACACACUAGACAUUUUUCCUUGACUCAUAGUUUUGUCAUUUGAAUGAGGCUCUUUUAGUCAGGUAUUACUGGAGUUAAGUCUACUCCAGUAUUUGUCUCAGGUAGACAGUCUAAAGAGCAGGGAUGGAAAUGAAUCUAGGCCACUAGUAAAAAUGGUUCUACUAGUUAAAAAUUGCUCUACUAGUAACCAAAAUCCUUAAGUUUCAUGCCUGCUAAAGAAGGACCCUUUUCACAAUGUUCUGUAAUUGUUUUGUUUAUCAACUACAAGAGUCUGUUGUUUUCAUCUUUGAACAUCAUUGUAAACAGGGGACUUCAGAUCAUUCUACUAUGUUCAGUAACAUUUUAGAAAUUCACAAAAAUAAAAUACAGCGUUUGAA